AUGGCGCGACGGUACGAGAUCGAUGAGUUGCUCUUCUUGCGCUCAUCGCCUCUAGUCGCGAAGCCUGCUGGCCUUCCACCCAUCGAGGAAUGGAUGCCUCAACCUGACCCAACCACGCAACGUAAACAAUCCAAUGCUCGCGAUCCUAACAAUCCCUCCGAAACCACGACACACCGACGACCAAGUCUUUUUGAAGCUCGCCACAUCCCUCGAGGCUCUACUUCAGAAGACAUAAUCCUUGGACCUCCUAAGACUGCAUUCGCAUCCUCACGAAUUGGUGGCAAAGGCUCAUCUGACCUGACAGACCGUCCCCCGCGGCCAGGCGACUCCGACGAGAAGAACGAACGGUUCAAUUUCAAAGACCGAUUCUUUCGUGACAAAGAUACGCCAGAGCGGGACCUUGAACGGCGAGAUGGAAAGCCUCCGUUGAACAAUCGGCGCGGAGAUAGAGAAGAUUGGACGGCUGGACGCCCCCGCCGCACUUUUGGCCCUGAAGAACAAGAGCGAAAGCCCCGACGCACCGCCGAGUUCGACCGCUGGGAUACUCGAGACGGCCCUCGUGACUCAAAUAGUGAGCGGGGAGUCCGAGAGAAAGAAAAUCGCUUCGCCGCUAAGAAGGAUGGCCCACCUGGACGCUCCAAAUUUGAAGGCAGCUGGUUCCGUGACGAGAAUAGCCAUGAUGCUGCCGAUGCAGGUGAUGACGACAAGCCGCCAUUGCGUACCCGUGAAUGGCGUCGCGAAAAACAAGGCAACGAUCGCGAAUGGAGCCGUGGGGCUAAGUUCGAUCAAGAGCCAGAGUGGCUUGAUAGUCAUGAACGUGAUGAGCCGCGCCGCGCACACACCCAAGAGGAUUUCGAGCGUUGGAAGGAGCGGAUGAAGGCUGGAGCUGGUUCAUCUCAGCAGACCACCACUCAUGAGGAGAAGAACGAGGUGCCCGUCGAGCCUCAAAUCGCCCCACCGAAGCCGGAGACUCGCCGUACUGAUGGAGAGAUUUUCAGCCAGGGCGCCACCCCAUUCAUGUCUGAUACUUCGAUGGAACGGUUCUUCGGCAUUCUCGGAGAUACCAAAUCCCAGGCUUCCCAUGAAGUCAGUACCCCCACUUCUGCCGAUUCAAACUCAAAGCGAGAAGCCCCCGGUAGCAAACUGGGCAAGUCCUCGCGCUUUGCUGGUCUUUUCAGCCCUCCCCCUGAUAGCCCUACUCGAGCACCCCCGCCAGAGCUGCUGCCAAUGCCUAAGCCUCCACCUGGACUUGCACCUGUAAGCUCGCAAGAUGCGGAUCAGGAAGGAUUCCAACGCAUUCUGAAAAUGCUCGGAGGCGGAGCUGGUGGUCGAUCCUCCAACGCGACGCCUAACCAAGUUGACUCUUACCGUCAGUCACGACCUCCAUCCAUACAAGAGCAGCCUCGAGUUGCAACCAAUGUAUCGUCUCCAGGCAUUCAACGCCAGGAGUAUGCCAGCCCUGGUCAUGAAAGUCCUCAAGGCCACGAAAGAGAACAUCUCCUUCGUCUCAUGCAACAAGCCCGCAUCACACCUGCUGGAACUCCCCAACAAGCUGCUGGGGUAGGCUCUGUUCCCGCUCCUCCACCUGGCCUGGUGCCAGAAAUGAUGACUCGCCCUCCUCCCGGCCUCGGUGCGCAGAAGACACCUAAUUUUCUAGAUGACCCUGCCAUUGCCAACAUGCAGCGCCCGGAUAGUGAUCAACUCCGCCGACGCCCACCUCAGCAAGGCAAUGUCCCCAGUCCUAUGGGCCCUCCACCGGGCAUCCACUCAGCUACCCGUGGUCUGGGAGCGCCCAAUUUCCCUCCAGGCAUGAUGCCAAUGCCCGGCAACGCCCCUCCGAUGAAUGACCGCCAGGCUUUCCCUCGUGGCCCGCCCCCUGGGAUGAUGCUUCCGCCGGGGUACAUGGGAGGACCUCCUCCACCUGGGUUCCCUCCCAUGGGGCCUCCCAACCCGGAAAUGCUGGGCCUCGGUCAAGGUCCUUUGGGACCCGGCAACCCCGGUCCUCAAGGCCCUCCGCCUUCGUCGCGUCAUCUCCUUGAGAUGUUUGGCCAAUCUAGCGGCGGUGACAUUCGGGGCGGUAUGGUCCCCCCUGGCCAGUUUCGGUAG